AUGAGGGCGAAUGGUGUAGAACAGAGUGACUUAAGUGGAGAGGUGAUGAAUGAUGAGAGUAGCUACUUAACGGUAGACUGUGAGACAAUGGUGCCGCAUGGAGAUAUGGACUGGAAUGGCUCAAGGACAAGGGGAGGUCAUGACUUAAGUGGGCUGAGUGUAAGGGAGCAAUGUGUAAUGGUGUGGAAUGACCAAUGUGUAGUGGAGCAGCAUGGGGCACCAAACCUUCGUGUGAGCUCAGCAAGGGAACAGAGUGCAGGCUCGAGUGAAGUGGUUCUGAGUGUAAGCUGUGUUCAGGAUAGGAGUGGGCGUAGUGACUAUGGGAGUGCAGUGGCGAGUACAGCGGUGCGGCGUGGAGGCCGUGAGAACUCAGAGGAGCGUGGUGUAGUGAGCUGUGUGAGUGCAGGUUUGGGGAGAGGAGGCCAUCUAGUUCGCCAUAGAUGCCGCGCUUCUCACGAGAUGCUGAUACGCUCACGAUUAGCAGAACAGUGCACACCUAGAAACACAAGAAAGUACAACAUUACUAUAAGUAUAGAAUAG